GGAAAAGUGUGGAUUUUGAAGAAUAAAAAUAUAAUUGACUCUUUUUCUCAAAUAUUACUCUUACCAACUCAAUCAAUAACAUAUGCAUUGCACGACGGAUCUUUCAGCCUUGACAGUUCAAUUCGCAUAGUUCGUAGCCAUAGUUAACGGAAAUAACUUGUAUUACAACGGUGGGAUAAUGUGCAACUUCGAAUUGUCAAUUAUAUCAUUUAUGGAAAACAAACAAACCGAUUCGACAAGUAUUCAAUUAGUCAACUUGUUUUAAGGGGGGUGUUAAGUGUAUAAUUCUUAUAGUAUAGGGGAUGUAAGUGUCUGAGUUGAACUUUCAGGUGGUAUUUUCGAAACUGAAUAACAAAGAGAAUUGAAGCAGUUGCAAAUGACAAGGUUGUGCAGGAGAAGAAAAUGACAGUUGACGACGAGAGCUCAAUAUAUGUGGGAGGGCUACCCUACACCGCCACUGAAGAUACUCUCCGUCGAGUCUUCGAUAUCUAUGGUGCUAUUGUACACACUAAGAUUAUCAAUGACCGUAAGGUUGGGGGAAAAUGUUAUGGCUUUGUCACCUUCAGGAAUCCUCGAUCAGCCAUGCAUGCCAUCACUGAAAUGGAUGGAAGGACUAUUGAAGGGCGAGCUGUAAAAGUAAAUGAAGUGACUACAAGAGGUGGCAGAUCAGGUUUUGGUCGAGAAAGCAUUCGGCAUUCUGAGAGAGGGGUGAAAGGUGGUCAUUGGGAAAGAGGCUAUGAUCGUGAUGAGAACAGACAUGGGGAUGAUGGACAUAGAGAGCAUUCGCGAGACCGCGAUCACAAAAGGGAGAGAGGAUAUGACCGACCUCGUGAUCAUGGUCAAUCGCGAGAUUAUCAAGUUAAUAGAGAUAGGGUUGCAGAUGAUGAAAGAAUUCGAGAAAGUAGCAGGGAAAGCGAGAGGGACCAGCCUAUAAAGAUGCAGAAAACUAACAGUAAUCAUGAAAGCAGAGAUAGAGAGAAGUAUAAAAUGCCUAAGCUACUGACUGGGUCUUAUUUAGACGACCAUGUUAGUAGAGAGCUGUCAGCUGAGUCAAGUGAGAAUGAUCAACACCAGGUGGAAAGGCAAUUAGAAAUCUCAAGUCGGAAACUUGAAGAACUUAAGAAAGACGUUUCUUUGAUAGAAGAAUUGGUCAACGAGAAGCAAAAUCUGGCGUCUAAGUUACGUGACAGAUCCAAGAAAUUGGAGGAUUCAUUGACAGCUGCAAAGAAUCUUACCUCACAGAGACAAAAUCAAUUAUCUAAGUUGUAUAAACAUUAUGCACAAGUCACAGAGUGUGGUGAAAGGCUUAAACUCUCAGAACAGGAACUCCAGGCUCUGGUCCACUCAACAAUGAUGGAAGUAGAAAUUGGUUGAUAUCUUUGUAUAUGUGAUGGGUCUUGACAAGUGGCAGGCUUGCCAAUUAAACUGGGUUCAGUAAUUUAUUUUCACUUCAUAUAUGUCUGUAUGUCAGCUCAUGUAUGCGGUCCUCUUUCCGGGCCUAAAUGUAUGCUUUUGUGUAGAUACAUGUCUAUUGACAGACUGAAUCGAGAUGGUAUAUUUCUCCUGACUUGGUUUCUAAAAUCAUAUUCUUUUGUCAUACGA